AAUCGAUGCUUUGCAUCUGUCUCAAAACACCAUUGGCUUCAACCUAGUUCUAGUUAAUUCUCUCUUUCUCUCUCUCUCAAAUCCAAGAUUCCAAGCCAAGCAAACUUCCUAGGGAGCGAAGCAGCUAUGAAUCAAGUUGCUCUGCUGCUUCUCUCACUGUCUUUUCUCACUUUAACCUCAGCAGUCCCCUCCCCUCCUCCAAGCAACAUCUCAACGGCCGCAUGCCCCAUGGACCUCGACUAUGUCCUGAGAAUCCCAUGGAACACCUCACACUGCAAAAAGUUUGAAUCCAACAGAACAUUAUGUUGCCAAGACCUCUUAUCCCUCUAUGGCAUAGCCCUUGCCCAACGCCUCAGAGAUACCUCUCUCUUUGAACUCCCCGACCUCCCCACCUCCAUUUCUUGCCUCCAAGACUUCCAAUCCAAGCUCACCUCCCUCUCCCUCACCACCAACCUCGUAUCCUCUUGCUUUACCCCUCAACAGUUUGUCAUCUCACCCAACAUCUGUGCCGGCGUAGUCUCCACUCAAGAUUGGGUCGCCAAGCUUGGCCCCAACACUUCUCUGGAUGCCGCUUGCCGGCCAGACCUCACUGAUCUCAUUUCCUGUGGCAGCUGCGUGGAAGCUGGGACCCGGACUCAGCGUGACUUGAUUGCUAUCGACGGUAAUACCUCCAAAGCUUUAGAUUGCUGGCAGUUUGCUAUUCUCUAUGCUGCUGGUAUUGUUAAUGAGUUUGGACCUAAGGGUGAGAGUGCUCUGGUAUGUAUUUUCAGUUUAUCGCUUAAUUCACAAGCGGGUUCGGGGAGUAAAAGCCGUUCUGGUCUUGUUUUUGGGUUAACUGGAGCUGCGGUUGCAAUUUUGGUCAUGUCUUGUUUGUUGGGAUUGUACUUUUGGUUCGAUAGGAGGUGGAUGAAGAGGAAGGCUGGGGGAUCUGAUUUUGAUUACGGUAAGGAUAUUGAAGAACAAGGGUCUAGGCCACGAGUGAGGCCAAAUACAGGGUCGAUUUGGUUCAAAAUUCAGGACCUUGAGAAGGCAACUGAUAAUUUUUCCCAGAAGAAUUUUAUUGGUCGGGGUGGUUUUGGAUUGGUUUAUAAAGGGGUUUUACCAGAUGGAACUGUGGUAGGGGUGAAGAGGAUUUUGGAAUCCGAUAUUGAAGGAGCGGCGGAGUUUUGCAAUGAGGUUAAUAUUAUUAGCAAUUUGAAGCACCGAAAUCUUGUUCCACUUAGAGGGUGCUGUAUGAUCGAUGGAGACAAUGAUUGUGAUGAGAGGGGAAGUCAGAGGUACCUCGUAUAUGAUUACAUGCCAAAUGGCAAUCUCGAAAACCAUCUGUUUCCAUCUGCUGAUGGUGGAUUGGGGAAGGAAUCGUUGACAUGGCCUCAACGAAAAAGCAUUAUCUUGGAUGUUGCAAAGGGUUUAGCUUAUUUGCACUAUGGAGUGAAACCAGCAAUAUAUCAUAGAGAUAUCAAGGCAACAAACAUACUGUUGGAUGCGGAUAUGAGAGCAAGAGUGGCGGAUUUUGGGCUUGCAAAGCAGAGUAGAGAGGGCCAGUCUCAUCUCACAACCAGAGUGGCCGGAACCCAUGGGUACCUGGCCCCGGAAUAUGCACUAUAUGGACAGCUGACGGAAAAGAGUGACGUUUAUAGUUUCGGAGUGGUGGUUUUGGAGAUAAUGUGUGGCAGAAAAGUUCUUGAUUUGUCAUCAGGAUCACCACGUGCAUUUCUGAUAACAGACUGGGCUUGGUCAUUGGUAAAAGCUGAAAAAGUAGAAGCAGCUUUAGAUGCUUCUUUGUUGAAAGAUGGGGAUUCUGAGAAUUCGAAUCCAAAGAGCAUAAUGGAGAGAUUUGUGCUGGUUGGAAUCUUGUGUGCUCAUGUCAUGGUCGCUUUGAGGCCAACUAUUUUGGAUGCCCUGAAAAUGUUGGAAGGAGAUAUCGAGGUUCCUACAAUUCCCGAUAGACCGAUGCCUCUUGCACACCCUUCAUUUAUUAGCGAUCGUAAUAACUUCAGUAUAUCACCAGCACUAAGUGGGCCACAAUUACAUAAUGGGGACAUGCUCAGGUAAUCAAGAAAGUAGUUUUUUUUUUUUUUUUUCCAAAAUUUCUGCAUCAUUGAAAGAAUGUAGAGAGGUGGAAGCCCUGCCCUGUAUAUUGAAGGCCCUUUGUUAUACGGAUUCAAUGUAUCAAGCAUCUAAAUGCAUAUAAGGGUCAUGGACCAAAGAC